GGGACAUGGGUCGGACCCGAUCGUAAAGUCUUUCGAAACUGUGAGCUGUGACUCUGAAGGAAACCAAAAAUGGCAGCUACUGGAACUACCGGCCUAAGCAGGAAGCACUUGAUAGCUUUAGCACUAUGCAAACACUUUGCCAUCGAUCCUAAAACAUUCCCAGAAAACAUUGCAGAAGUUGAAAUUGCGAGCGCAUACUUGACCAUCUUGAAGUCAGCCAAAAAGGAAUACCCAGAGAAAGUGAAUGAUGAUUAAUGAGGUGCUUCAAUGGAUCAAAUAUGCAGAAGGGUUUCCUACUGAUCCCCAGGCAUGCAUUGGAGCUCAGAAAGAGUUAAAUGAAGCCUUGCUUGACAGGAGCGUGCUUCUGGGCAAUGGGUUCACACCUUCAGAGGCCGAUGCUUGUGUGAUUGUUGCUGUGCAUGCUUCUGUGAUUGGCUUUUCGGAUUUAGAUAAGAAAAAGUUUCAGAAUGUAUUUAGAUGGGUGACUUACAUCCAGAAGUUAAUCGAUUUGCUGAAACCAAAAAGUGCAGCUAAGGAGGAAGUAGAUUCAAUUGCAGAGAAGACUGUUCAGAGCACAAAAAGUGCUGACAAACCAGAAGCAGGCCUGAGCACGAAGAAAAGUGACGCAGGGGAGAUAAGAAAGCUACUCAAGAGAAGAAGAAAAACACCAGAGGUAGAUGCAGUUGAGAAAGAUAAAGAACUUAGUGUCAGUUUAUUGAAUAGGCAGGUUGGCCUCAUUCGAAAAGCUUGGAAGCAUCCAUCUGCAGACAGCUUACUAGUUGAGGAGAUAGAUGUGGGAGAGGCUAAGUUGCGGCAAGUAGUAAGCGGCCUGGCAAAGUUUUGCAAUCCAGAAGAAUUGACGAACCGUCGUGUUGUGGAACUGCUGAUUACAAAUGUGAAACCUUGGAAAUUACGUGAUAUGAUGUCAGAAGGACUGGUACUGUGUGCUUCUAGUGCAGAUCACACCAUUGUAGAGCCUAUACUCCCCCAAGAAGGGUCCAAAAUCGGGGAGCGUGUAUUAUUUUCUGGGUAAAGUUCUAACAUUUCUUAAAGCUUGCACAAAGAUAUAUCUUAUUCGACAAAUUUGGAAGUUGUAAAGAUAAAUAAUAUAAGUACACUUUGCUUUCAUUACUUCUGCUGGGCCUUGCACAUCAUCCAUUUCCAAAGGAGCUGUCAAGUGAUGAUCUUUAUCCCAAUACAAACAAUGUAGCUCACAUUUAAGCAUUUUGAACUCGUUAUUUGAUGACCAGAUAUAUUACUAAAAAACCAAAUUUAUACACGGAGGUAUAGGGUAAGUUUAGAACCAAAGUCUACAAAUUUAGACACUGAAUUCAUGUAAAUUGAAUAAGGCUUUGAAUACCCUCACAACCCAACUCUGAUAAUAAUCUGGCCAAGUACAAGUAGGGUUGAAUAGCCAAUUUUUCAAUACAUAUGGCAAUGACACCAUUGGACCUUUCAGUUUCCUCAGUGUAGAAUCUCCUGUAGACUUGAACACCCUCGUCAAUGGUUUUCACACCCGGCAGAACCUUCUCUAGGCUCUCUGCCUUCAACAUUUCAGAAAACGAACCAUACGAUCUGAUUUCCUUAACCUCGACAACAAGACAUUUGUUGAAGAGGAUCAGAGCUCCUGUUCCGAUUCGACUGUAGUUGCCAAUGUUGCAUCUUCCUUCGAUUGUCUUGAGGCCAUGUUUGAUUUGUGUGAAACAGGGCUCCUGAACAUGGAGUUCAAAGCCUACUGAUUUGAGUGUGUUGAGUAAUUGGGAGCCCUGAUUGGAAGUGAUGGAUAUACAUAGGGCUAGUGCUAGUUGCUUGUAUGAAGGAUUUGGGGUUUGUUCUUGUGUGGAAUUGGUGUCGAUUUUCGGGUUGUUGAGGAGAUGAGAGCUGAGGUCAGUGGGCAAGGCUAGGUCGAUUUCCAGGGUACCCUUGAUGUGGGAUUCAAGGGUGAACUUCAACAGCUCUUCCAUGCUCUCUUUCAAUUUGGGUUCAACCAUAUUUGACUGCCGGGUUUCACAAAUGGAGU